AUGCUGUCAAGCCCAGUCAGUUCCACCACCCCUUUUUCUGUCAUACACAUUUUGACGCUGGAACAGCAAAGCACUCGAUGUGGCAAUUUUCCUGGCUUCUCCUCGACGGGGCUUCCGUCUCCCGCACGGGGACCGCGGAGGAGACCUCCAGAAGGCAACAAGAAGUCAGAGGAUUCCUGUGGCCACCCUGGGCCACGGCAGCACAGGAAGCCUUGGGCCCUGUUUUCCCAAGUGCAUGUCCUCGAGCUCGAAAGGCACCUUCAACAGCAGCGGUAUCUGUCUGCUCCGGAAAGAGAACAUCUAGGCAGCCUCUUGAAACUCACCUCCACCCAAGUCAAAAUUUGGUUCCAAAACAGGAGGUACAACAGCAAGAGGCAGUAGCAGGAUUAUUCUUUGGCAGUCUGA